AUGGCAACGAUUUUAGGUCUUCCCAACGAGCUACUCUCUCAAGUUGUUGACCUCACAGACCCAGAUGACUUGGAGAGCCUUUCAGCAUGCUGCAAGAGAAUACAUGGAUCAGCCGAAAAAAGGAUCAAGCAGCAUAGAAACUUCAAAGACAAAUACACCACCAUCACUUUCGACGAUGCCGCCCCUGAAGAUCAAACUGUGAUCCAUCCUUUUGUGCUCCUUCAAGACGUGCUGCUCGAACCUCGCAUCGCUCAUUACCCCGGCGUGAUCAACCUUCGCUCCUGGAGCAUCAAGCCUAUGCAAAGCCCGUACUAUCUCGAUCCUGAUACCGUAUCAUUACAGGUUGCCCAGCGCUGUACCCAAAGGAUCCAUGACGUGAUAACCCAGUGUCCAUAUCUGCGGCGAGAGAGGCCAGCCGACCCGGAAGAGCCAGCCGACCCGGAAAGCGAGAUACAGCGCGGCAACCCCGAUGCAGCUAUCGCGCUGCUACUGACGUUGUUUCCGAACCUGCAGACCCUCAAUGUCACCCAGCGCUUAUUCCUGUAUAGCAAUGUCCGAAAAAUGAUCUACAAAAUCCAGCAGGUGCAAUCCAAGGUGCCGUCGGAUGCCAAAUCGUCUCAAGCCUUCAGCAAGCUCGCCCGAGUUGACGUUUCACCUACUGGCGAUACAUUGGACAGUGCUCGCAUCCGAGAUCUUGUCCUACUGUCUGCUUUGCCCUCGAUCGAAACCAUUCGAGUGUCGAAUAUGUUCUACCCGGAUUAUGUCGGCAUCUGGCCACCGACUCCAAAAUUUAUUGAUGUCGCAGCCACAGAGAUCAUUAUUGUAGGGAGUGUGUUCGCUUCGAGAAUCCUUGCGGGCUUCUUGAGCAACGCUCGAUCGCUCCGGAGAUUCACCUAUCAACAUUUACGGUACAGAGGUCAUUAUGCGGAGUGGAAACCACUAUUACUCGUUAAUAUUCUUCAAGAGUAUACAAGCAAUACUCUCCGGCACCUGGACCUUACCUUCACCGGCCAGGCCGAAUUUCCUAGCCUUGAAACUCUGUCGCAUGUUUGCAACUUCCGAGGAUUUCCGGUGCUGAAGAAGCUACGAGUCGAUUACGCUCUCAUUGCGAGCGACAAGCACAACGACCUCUCGGGCACACAAACCCUGGCGGACUUGCUGCCGGCCUCAUUGGAGGAGCUUGUCAUCGUCGCAGAUGCUGACGAAGAGAAGGCCGCGGCGGUAUUUGAAGCGUUGCCCGAGAUGGAGAAGAGGCUGCUUCCCAAGCUCACAGGAGUGGCGUUGGCGUGA